GGGAGGUCACUGUAUUGACCUCUUACCUCUUAAUUACUGUAUACCCUGACCUGCGCAUCUGCAGCUCUUCAGCGACUUCUUCGUCGGCAGGAGUUGCACCUCGAGACGCUUCAAUUUGACUAGGUGCCUGAUAUAAACCGGGCCGCGGACAUAAUUGACCAUAUCCACCAAUGGCAAAGAAAAAAUCCAAGACGGCAGUUGCCGAUGCGCCGAAAAUCGCGAAGACAGCCUUGAAGAAGACGAGCGAGGGGAAAUCGGCGAAGCUGACCCCUCAAGCUAAAGCAAAGCAGGACUCCGCGGGGGCCGCGCCAAAGGCAGCGCCGAAAGGGAAGCAGGUGGCGACCACGGGAGGUGCUGGUGGCAAGGCGGAGGAGAAGGCCGCAGGGGGCGGGAAGAAGGCUGCGGAGAUUGAUGACAUCUUCUCGGCCGGCAAGAAGAAGGCCGCGGAGAACGCAAAGGAGAAGGAGAAGCGCGCGGCGGAGCAGGCAGAGCAGGAGCCUGCUGCCAAGGUGCCCAAGGUGGCAGGGAAUAAAGACGACAUCUUUGGCGAGCAGACCGGCAAGGGGCGCAAGCGCACGGAGGAGGGGUUCGCCAUCUACACCGAGGACGAGCUAGGGCUGGGGCGCAAGGGCGGAGACACGGACUUAUGCCCCUUCGACUGCGAGUGCUGCUUCUGAGGAGUCAGGGCUCUUGAGAUCUUGGGGUAUGGGUGUGGGAGCUCUGGGUUCUGGGCUCUGGGUGUGGGAAUUGUGGGCGUGAACGGGCGUGGGAGCUGUGGGCAGAGUGUGGAGAGGAGCGGGCCAUGGGUGGGGGGCCGCGCAGUGCCAAGCCAAAUGGCCAUUGCAUACUGUAAUCAUGUUGAUCUUGCUUGGAUGGGGGCGUACUGCUGUGUACACGUGCUCAUGAGCUGUGCUCACAGUCUAGCGGGUGCUGGUGCUGCUGACCGGUGCUGGCGCUGUAUGUGACUUUAGCAACAUUACGGGCCAAUGUCGUCUUGCAUUUGCAUUCACACUAGCACGCAUUCUCUGUCAUGCCGAUGGCGAUGCGGUUUGACCGUUCAAGGGAUAAGGCGCGUGACCUGGCGUGACGCGUGGCGGCGCCUGGCUACAGGGAAUCAAUCGGGCCUGGGUGUGGACACGCUGCUGGCAAGGCUGCUGGGUAAGGCGCAGUGGGCGUAAGCUGCUAAUGGCUGUCCGCUGACUGAUGGCUGACGCGCGCUGGUGCUGCUAGGGCAAUGACGUAGACCGCACCAGUGGCUGAGGCUAUGCGACUAAUGCGAGCAUGCGGAGGAGGAAGGCGCAGCGGAUUGGGGAAUGCGACUCGUGCCGCCUUGCGCCUGCUGCCCUGGCCUGCAAGGGCGGACGCGGACAACCGCGCGCAGGCUGCCAGACCGACGCGCUCCAGCAGGGGCAUGACCCGAUUCUGUAACGCCACUCAAGG